AUGGACGAGCUCAACGCUUCUACCUUGGGUGGCCCUUCCCAAGAUGUCUCCCUCGGCCAGUUCUCGUUCGCUCCGACCACGAGAACCACCGUCGUGACGACCACCACAACCACAACCACAAGUUUCCCCCCACUGGUCAUGAAGGCUCCGCGUGCCACGCGGGAUUGGGAUCCUAAACAGUACCCCCUGGCGUUCUCGCCCACCCCGGCUUCGCUGAAGAAUAUCAAGUUCAACCUGGGAGGAAAGUCGGUGGUAUUAAACGAGCCAGAAGACGCCGUGGGCACUCUCCACGAGCUGAAUGAGAAAAAUGAAGUUCUUCGCUCUUCCAACGGCGUGGUACGCUCGAUAACCUCGUUUACAUCCGACGAGACCAACUCCUCCAACCGUUUCGCACCCCCUCGACUGUCCUCGCAGCCUUCGACCCACCCCUUCAGUUGCAAACGUCGGCCCGUGUCGCCCGUUUCGAUAUCCGAACCAGUUCAAGCCCUGCAGCGUAAUACAGGCUCUCCUGCCAGGGUCCCUUUGGAGCCCGUUUCACGUCACAUUUCUUUCGGUACCGGCAAUACGCAACUCUACCCCGUCCCGCCCGGCUUAGCCACUCCAGAGACCGAGCACAACCAGUCCAGCUCAGGCGAGACCAUCAUCUCCCGCAGAAGGAUACAAAGCGCUAGUCUUCUUCGCCGAGAAUCCGCUAUGCGCUCGCCGUUGUCCUGUGAAGUGGAGAGCGCCGGAAACGUGCAAACUUCCAGGACUAGUUCACAAAUCGGAAAGGCUCCCUCUCGGAGUCAGUCGUAUGGUCCAGAGAGACUCCCUCUGUUAGACCGCCGCACGGAGCUCAACCACCCGAAGAAGAAAGAGCCCUCAAGCAAGGAACAAGAUCCUCAACCACAAGACUCGAAUCCUUCGGACCAGGUGAUGGAUGAGACCGUAGAGGAGAUCUCCCGUCAAACAUCUUCAAUGACAGAAGACUCGAACACCGCGGAUGAAGAUAUGUGCUUACCGAGUCCGAGUUUAUCCCCCAUUGCCGCCAUGAACGCGAUGAAUGUCGAUUCUUCGUUCGAGUCCGAGGAGCCAGAUGUGGACACCGAUUCAAGUUUUGAUAUUAAUCUCCCGCAUUUUGCCAAGCCUCUGCGCUCAAAGGAGAGCAUGACCAGUGCGCCGUCCACCUUGCGGAAUUGGCCCAUCCCUUCGAAUUCCAAAAACACCGGGUCCGCACCAUCUCUGAUGGACAUCCCCUCGGUGAUGGAUUUCUUCGACUCGGUUCCGGACGAGUUGAAAACCUAUCUUAUGUAUCAGUUCCUUCGACGCUGCCCGAAGCCCACCCUCCAUUUCGUUGCCGAUGUGGUCAAUCCGGCUCUAAAAUGUGACUUCUUGGCCCUCUUACCUCUGGAGCUCAGCCUGAACAUUGUCAAGUACUUUGAUGUUCAAACCAUGUGCCGCGCCGCACAGGUCUCCAAGAGAUGGCGACACAUCAUCAAUUCGGACGAGAAGACCUGGAAGGAGCUUUUCGAUCGGGAUGGCUAUCAGCUCCCAGAGGGAGAGUUGGACCGAGCGAUCCAGGAAGGCUGGGGCUGGCAGUUCCCUAGUGGCGACGAGAACUGGGAGAGGGACAUUAGCUCAUCAGCUCGACCGACUUUCGAGCCUGAAGAAUCCCGGCAUCCCACCCUGACAUCCUCCGCAGAGAAGGGCGAGAGAGAGACCUCGGCUCGUUCUCUCUCCACCCGACGCCCCAAGAGAAAGGCCCCCACACGCACAUCGAGUAGAAAGCUCGCGAAGCGAAAGAUUUCAUCGAGCGGUACGGAUUACUCUGAUACCCCGGACUGGAGACGCGAAAUCGCGGCCGCGGAAGGGCCAUAUGGUGCCGCCAAUGCUGCUGCCGCAGCCGUGCCAUAUCCGGAGAUUGGUUUACCGACCCUUCGUGGCCUUCAUCUGUACAAGUCACUCUACCAGCGCCAUCAUUCGAUUCGCAAGGGGUGGAUGGAGUUGGAUGUCAAACCAAAACAUCUCGCCUUCCGCGCCCAUGACCGCCAUGUCGUCACUUGCCUACAAUUCGAUACCGACAAGAUCCUCACCGGAAGCGAUGAUACCAACAUCAACGUGUAUGACACAAAGACCGGUGCCCUGCGGGCAACCCUCAAGGGCCACGAAGGUGGCGUCUGGGCCCUCGAGUACUACGGCAACACUCUAGUGUCUGGCUCCACGGAUCGGUCCGUCCGGGUCUGGGACAUUGAGAAUGCCAAAUGCACGCAGGUCUUUCAGGGCCACACGUCUACGGUCCGUUGUUUACAAAUCGUUUUACCGAUAGAAGUUGGCAAAAACUCCGACGGAACACCCGAGUUGAUGCCGAAGGAACCGCUGAUCAUCACCGGCUCCCGUGAUUCGAACCUCCGGAUUUGGAAGCUUCCCAAGCCCGGCGAUGCGCCCUAUUUCCAAAGUGGUCCGCAGAACGAUGAUUCAGACUCGCCAUACUUUGUGCGGACUCUCGCAGGCCAUCAGCAUUCGGUACGCGCUAUUGCUGCACACGGAGAUACUUUGGUCAGCGGCAGCUAUGAUUGCACCGUCCGAGUCUGGAAGAUCUCCACCGGGGAGACCCUCCAUCGGCUCCAGGGCCAUACGUUGAAGGUUUAUAGUGUGGUUCUUGAUCAUGCCAGAAACCGUUGCAUCAGCGGCUCCAUGGAUAAUAUGGUCAAGAUCUGGUCUUUGGAGACAGGUUCGCUUCUGUACAAUCUCGAAGGCCAUGCGUCCCUUGUCGGCCUGCUCGACCUUAAAUGCGAUCGCCUUGUCUCAGCCGCCGCAGAUUCAACUCUUAGAAUCUGGGAUCCGGAGAGUGGUCAAUGCAAGAGCCGCCUGAGUGCCCAUACCGGUGCAAUCACUUGUUUCCAGCAUGACGGCCAGAAAGUCAUCUCAGGCUCUGAUCGGACUCUGAAAAUGUGGGAUGUUCGAAAUGGAGAGUGCGUCCGAGACCUCCUGACCGAUCUCAGCGGAGUAUGGCAGGUGAAAUUCAACGAUCGAAGAUGUGUUGCGGCGGUGCAACGGGAUAGUCUGACCUAUAUCGAAGUUCUUGAUUUUGGUGCUUCUCGUGACGGAGUACCCAGCACUCAACUCGGCAAGCGCAUCGUCGUCAAUGAACGUGGUCAGGAAACCAGUGACGAUGCUGACGAAGAUUAUGACGUUUCUGAUGCUUGA